CUCCCGGGCACCUGUCUGUCUGGCCACCUGUCUCCCGGGCACCUGUCUGUCUGGCACCGUUGCUUGGGCACCUGUCUACCUGGAAUCUGUUUCCCUGGCAUCUUUCUCACUGGGCGCCUCUCCACCUUCCCUCAGAGAGAGAGCGUCCAGCCGUGGCGUGACGACCAGGCGCUGCGUCGGGGGUCGUCGCUGCGUCGGAGUCGUCGCUGCGUCGGGGUCGUCGCUGCGUCGGGGUCGUCGCUGCGUCGGGGUCGUCGCUGCGUCGGGGUCGUCGCUGCGUCGGGGUCGUCGCUUGACUCCACCGCCGGCUGUAACACGGACUCUCAGACACAAUGCCAGCUGCUGGCAGAGUAAAACCGUUGGAGAGUGUCGAUCCCAGCCCGAUUCCCGCCUACAGAGGAUGGGGCGCUCGGGUGUGGCUGCUGACCAUUACUGGAGGGGUCCUCGCUCCACUCUCCGUUGCUGCUGCUCUUUUUCCCCUCAGUCGCUGCUCCUGCUGCAACAGCCUCGACCUGUGGCUGAUGGGUCUCGGUGUGAGCGCCCUGGGAGCCAUGCUGGGAGUGUUGGCGUGGAGAGCGAAGCUGGCCCAUGGAAAGUCCAUCGACGGACCCUUCAUCUUGGCCGGCCUCCUCAUCGUCUUGAACUUCAUGUGGCUUGUCUUAGGGAACGUGAUGGUGAGCGUAGAGUACACUGCCUGCGGGGACGACACCCACGACGGGUUCAGGGACUCCUGCAGCAGCAGCUACCCACUCCUACACUUCUCUCUGGCCGUUGUCGUCAUCUUCGACGUGAGCUACGCCCUCCUCCUCUUGGUGGUGUUGCUGAGCUGUUGCAGCCGUAGAGGGAAGAGGAUGCAGUUGAGUGUCAACAACGACUACUUUACCUUCCCCUACUGUUCCUGCUGCCUCCCUGGAGACACCAACCGCAUGAGCUGGCAGGAGUGGGUAGGAGCGGUGACUGCGGUAGCGUACCUGGGGCUGGCUGUGGCUUGUAUAGUGGUCGGGGCCUCCGUCGUCCGCUCCUGUCACCUCACCGACCACAUUGCUCUUUGGCUCAUCAUUCAAGGUGUGGUGACGGUGGUGGUGGAAGUGGUAGGGGCGUGGUACCUGGUGUGCUCCAGGUGGACUAGCGUCUACUGGCCCCCCGGGUCCUUCCUGGUGUUCUCCCCGCUGGUCGCCGCCCUCCUCCUUCACUUCGUCAUCAAUAUCCUGGGGACGGUGAGGGUAGUUGAGAUCCUCGGCAGCCAGUGCACCGGCGAGGUGUGCAGUGAGGCCCUCAGGAUCUUCUACAUCGUCGUCAUCGCCUUCUACGACCUCCCGUUUCUUGUGCUGCUCUACAUGGCCACCAUCUUCGUUGCCCUGAUGCUCGUCCUUCUGUUCAUCACAAGCUGUUGUUAUUGCUGCAAGAAGCUAAAGACUGACACCGAGAGUCGGGACCCCAGAGUUGGAGACAAGCAGGAGUAGCGGAAGGAUGGCGAUGUAGGUGACCUCGGUGAAGGUUAUGCUGAUGUGGAUGCUGCUGGUGCGAAUUAUGCUGAUGUAGGAUAACCUGGUGUGGAUGAUGCUGUUGUGGGUGUCCAUAAUAUACAGCAGCUCCAGCUAUACUGCUGAUCUUAUCCAGCUGGAGCUGAUCUUAUCCAGCUGGAGCUGAUCUUAUCCAGCUGGAGCUGAUCUUGUCCAGCUGGAGCUGAUCUUAUCCAGCUGUGUGCGAUGCUGGAAACUACAGCAGGUCCAGCUACUAAGCUUGGUUACUCUUUGUUUUCAUUUAAGCAUGUAUUUCAUUAUCAUGAAAAUUGCAAUUCUUUUUUUAUUAUUAUUAAUUGGUGUAACUUUGAUUAUUAUUGUUUCAGAUAUGUAUAUGACAUGCGUCAAGUAAAACUAGACGUAGCAGUUAAGCCUUUCCUUUCAUCCAGAUCGUUGCAUUGGUAAAAAAAAUAUAAAGCAUUUAAUGAAAAGGAAAUUAUAAUGUUAAACAGCAGCCUCUUAUAACUUAAGAACUUUAGCACUGUGAAUUAGCAGCUUCUCGGUGUGAGUUACAUUUCACAAUUCUUAAAUCUCCUAAAUACGU